AUGGCGGCCCCGGCCGCGCUGCGCCCGCUCCUGCCCCUCGUCCCCGUCGCCGCCGCGCUGGCGCUGGCCGCGGGCGGGGGCACCGCGGGGACAGAGCCGCGCUCCGGCAGCGACAUCGUCCAUCCCAUCAAGGUCGACGAGAGCGGAGCCUUCCUGUCCUACGACUUGUCCCACCGGGCCCUUCACCGGAGGUCUCCUGCCUCCAGGAGCAAGCUCCCCGCCUUCUACGAGCUGCAGUACCGAGGGCAACCCCUGAAAUUCAACCUGAGCCUCAACAGGCACCUCCUGGCCCCGGGCUUUGUCAGCGAGAGGCGUUUCGGGGGCAUCGCCGGCGCCAAGAUCCAGCCCCGCUCCUACAACCCGUGCCAUAUGAUCGGGGAGGUGCGGGGCCGGGCGCGGCAGGCGGGGCUGGCUGCCCUCAGCACCUGCGAUGGCCUGAAAGGUGUGUUUCAGCUGAUGAACGAGGACUAUUUCAUCGAGCCCGUGUCCAGCAGCCCCCGGGAGGAGGGAGCAGCACAGCCCCACAGGAUCUACAAGCGCCAGGUGCCCAAGGGCAGGGCUGAGCAGGGCAGGAGCCCCCCGGCCCCGCGGGAGCCCUGCGGCGUGCCAGAGUCUCAGGAAAGCCUGGAGUGGUCUGAGAGGCGCAGGGAGAGGUGGGAGCAGAAGCAGCACAGGAGGAGAAGGAUCAAGCAGCGCUCCAUCAGCAGGGAGAAGUGGGUGGAGACGCUGGUGGUGGCAGACACCAAGAUGGUGGAGUUCCACGGCAGUGCCAACAUCGAGAAGUACGUGCUGACCGUCAUGAACAUGGUGGCAGGGCUGUUCCACCACGCCAGCAUCGGGAACCCCAUCAACAUCGCCAUAGUGCGGCUGAUCCUGCUGGAGCACGAGGAGGAGGACCUGAAGAUCUCCCACCACGCAGACAACACCUUGAAAAGCUUCUGCAAGUGGCAGAAGAGCAUCAACGUGAAGGGAGACUCCCACCCCCUGCACCACGACGUCGCUGUGCUGCUCACCAGGAAGGACAUCUGUGCUGCCAUGAACAGGCCCUGUGAGACCUUGGGGCUGUCCCACGUGGCCGGGAUGUGCCAGCCCCACCGGAGCUGCAACAUCAACGAGGACACGGGGCUGCCGCUCGCCUUCACCGUGGCCCACGAGCUGGGACACAGUUUUGGGAUUCAGCAUGAUGGAAGCAGCAAUGACUGUGAGCCAGUUGGGAAAAGACCUUUCAUCAUGUCUCCACAGCUCCUGUAUGACACGUCCCCACUCACCUGGUCCCGCUGCAGCCGCGAGUACAUCACACGCUUCCUCGACCGGGGCUGGGGGCUGUGCCUGGAUGACCCCCCAGCCCGGGAGCUGCUGGACUUUCCCCUGGUGCCCCCGGGUGUCCUGUACGACGUGAGCCACCAGUGCCGGCUGCAGUACGGCCCCUACUCCACCUUCUGCGACGACAUGGACAGUGUCUGCAGCACGCUGUGGUGCACGGUGGGGAACACGUGUCACUCCAAGCUGGAUGCAGCUGUGGAUGGCACAGCCUGCGGGGAGAGCAAGUGGUGCUUCAACGGCGAGUGUGUUCCCGUGGGCUUCCGGCCCGAGCCCAUCGACGGCGGCUGGAGCUCCUGGAGUGCCUGGGCCUCCUGCUCCCGCAGCUGUGGGGCUGGAGUGCAGAGUGCUGAGAGGCACUGCAGCCACCCCACGCCCAAGUACGGGGGCCGGUAUUGCCUGGGCGAGCGCAAGCGGUUCCGGAUCUGCAACGUGCGGCGCUGCCCCCCGGACAAGCCCUCCUUCCGCCAGGUCCAGUGCAGCCAGUUCAACCCCAUGCUCUACAAAGGGAAGCUCUACAAGUGGACACCAGUGCCCAACAACAUGAACCCCUGCGAGCUGCACUGCCGGCCCGAGCACGAGUACUUUGCGGAGAAGCUGCGGGACGCGGUGGUGGACGGCACGCCCUGCUACGACAGCGACGCCAGCCGCGACGUCUGCAUCAACGGCAUCUGCAAGAACGUGGGCUGUGACUACGAGAUCGACUCGCACGCCGUGGAGGAUCACUGCGGGGUGUGCCACGGGGACGGCUCCACCUGCCACACCGUCCACAAGACCUUCGAGGACAGCGAGGGGCUGGGUUACGUGGACAUUGGGAUUAUCCCCGUGGGAGCCCGGGAGAUCCGGAUUGAAGAGGUGGCAGAAGCUGGGAAUUUCCUGGCGCUGCGGAGCGAGGACCCCGAGAAGUAUUUCCUGAAUGGAGGCUGGACCAUCCAGUGGAACGGGGACUACAGGGUGGCAGGGACCACCUUCACCUACAAGAGGACGGGCAACUGGGAGAACCUCACCUCUCCGGGGCCCACCGUGGAGCCCGUGUGGAUCCAGCUGCUGUUCCAGGAGACCAACCCCGGGGUGAGGUACCAGUACACGAUCCAGCGCCCGGCUGACAGUGAGAACGAGGUCGAGCAGCCCGAGUUCCUGUGGCGCUUUGGCUCCUGGACCACCUGCACGGCCACCUGUGGGACAGGGGUGCAGCGGCAGGUGGUGCACUGCGUGGAGAGGCUGGCGGGCCUGGUGGAGGAGCGGUUCUGCGACGCGCUGACGCGCCCCGACGACCAGCAGCGCACCUGCAGCGAGGAGCCCUGCCCGGCCAGGUGGUGGGUGGGUGAGUGGCAGCAGUGCUCAGCCACGUGUGGCCGGGCAGGGCUGAUGAAGAGGACGGUGCUGUGCAUCCAGAGCGUGGGGCUGGAUGAGCAGAGGGCCCUGCAGCCAGCAGACUGCCAGCACCUCACCAAGCCAGAUGCCACCAUGCCCUGCCACCCAGAGGUCCCCUGUCCCUCCCCGUGGGCUGUGGGCAACUGGUCUGAGUGCUCGGUGACCUGUGGGAACGGGACCCAGAGGCGCCCGGUGCACUGCAGCAACAGCACUGGGACCCCGUGUGACCCUGCCCAGAGACCCAGCCCCGAGAGGGUUUGCUCCUUGCCACAGUGCCACCAGAAAUGGGACAGCACAGACUGGUCUGGCAGCGGCUCCUCCAGCAGGGAGGUGUUUAAUGAAAUCCAUUACAUCCCCAGCAGCCACGUUCCUAAAUUUAACCCCUUAAUCCCAAACGUCCCGGAGUCCAACGAUGUCAACGUCAUCACGGAGGAGGACUUCUCAGCCAGGAAAGGAAAUGUCUUUGUUGAUGAUUUUUACUAUGACUAUAACUUUAUCAACUUCCACGAGGAUCUGUCCUACUAUCCCUUCACGGAGAAGGAGAGCAAAGGCGAGGAGCCAAAGGCAGAGCUGAGCACUGAUGGCACGGAGGGGCCCUGGGAGCUGCCCACCGAGGCCCCGCUCACCCCCAGGCUGGGAGGAGAGAGCCAGGAGCAGCCAGGCCCUGAGGAGGAGCACACUUCUGCCCCUGUGCACAGGAGAGACACAGAGCCCGGGGAUUUAGCCACGAAUGACCUCCUGAGCGUGGUCCCCGAGGAUGUGGGAUCAGCCACUCCCCGAUACACCACCCCUGGCUUUUUGGGUGAGGAGGAGGAGGAUAUGGUGCCUGUGCCUCACUCUGAGCACCACCCGCCCACCCAGAGCUCCAUGAGCCAUGACUCUGCCAACCACGGCCACCCAGGGCCCUGGGAUGAGCCCCACAGAGCUGUGCCCAGCAGGAGCAGCCUUGGGCAGGAUGUCCCCGCUCCCUGGGGUCCCCACCCAGCUGAUGUGGGCUGGGGCAGUGCCCGGGUGGAUGUGUCCCUUGGGCCAGCAGCACGGGGCAGCAGCAGCGAGGGCCGUGUGAGCACACAGGGACAUGGCACAGCUGGGUCUGCAGGGAGAGGCCACGGGGACUCCAGGGAAAUGGCUCUGGCCACCAGCAGUGACGUUCAUGGUGCAGCCCCGCAGCCCACCGAGCAGCACGGGUGGGCAGGGAUGCCAGAGGGCACGCUGGACACGUGGGCAGGAGGGCAAUCCCAUGGCAUGGAGAGGGCAGAUCUUGCCUUGCCCACCCUGCAGGCCUCAGGCUGGGAGGUGGCAGGGAGUGCUGGCAGCACCCCCCCUGCCGUGAGUCCCCCUCCUGUGGGUGCUGAUGGGGCCCCCGUGGGACAGGGAGGGCACCAGCCAGCGCUCCCCAGUCCCACAGCCCCCACCUCAACCCCCUCGGUGGCCACAACAGCCCCUCCAGUGUCCUUGUCCCCUGCCAUGCCCAGGCCAGCCACCCAGCUCACCUCCAGUGGCCUUACCCAGCAGGAUGUCCUGGGCCCAGCCAUGGCCACAGCCCCAGCUCAUAGCCCACCUGCCCACACUGCAGGGCCCCCCCUGGCAUGGGGGACAGAGGGGGUGUCCCAGCCCCCGGAUCUGGCAUCGCCCCGCACCAUGACCUCCCAUGGCACCCCGCUCAGCAUCCCUGCUCUGAGGGACCCCUCACCAUGGGCACCCCCAGGGACAUCAGCGAGGGACCCCUCACUGUGGGCACCCCCAGGGACAUCAACGAGGGACCCCUCACCGUGGGCACCCCCAGGGACACCAACGAGGGACCCCUCACCGUGGGCACCCCCAGGGACACUUGCCUCCAGUGACAGAGGGCAGGAGUUGUCCCAGCCCAGCCCUUUGCCCCCCUUGCUCUGGGAGAAGAGGCUGGAGGAGGAGGAGGAGGAGGAGGCUCUGCUCCCACCAUCACCCCCCACAGCAGCCACUGCCAAGCCCAGCUGGGAGGUCGGGAACUGGAGUGAGUGCUCGGCCACCUGCGGCCUGGGCGCGGUGUGGCGGCCGGUGCGCUGCAGCAGUGGCACUGACAGUGGCUGUCCCGCGGCCGACAGGCCCGUCCCCGCCCGGAGGUGCUCCCUGAGACCCUGCUCGGCCUGGCGUGUUGGCACCUGGAGCAAGUGCUCCAGGAGCUGCGGUGGUGGCACCAAGGUGCGGGACGUUCACUGCGUUGACACCCGGGACCAGCGGCUGCUGCGGCCCUUCCACUGCCAGGCGGGGCUGGCACAGCCCCCGGCACAGCUGCCCUGCCACAGUGCCCCGUGCCUGGACUGGUACACGUCCUCCUGGAGAGAGUGCUCGGAGCCCUGUGGCGGUGGGGAGCAGGCCCGGCUGGUGACGUGCCCGGAGCCAGGCCGCUGCGAGGAGAGCCUGAGGCCCAACAGCACCCGGCCCUGCAACAGCCAGCCCUGCACCACCUGGGUGGUGGGCUCCUGGGGACAGUGCUCGGCUCCCUGCGGAGGGGGCAUCCAGCGGCGCCAGGUGAAGUGCAUCGACACCAGGACCGGGGUGGCCGAGGAGGACAGCAGCCUGUGUGACCACGAGCCAUGGCCAGAGAGCACCCAGAAGUGCAACCCCCAGGAGUGUGAUAGCUCCGAGCCAGGUGUCCCCUGCGAGCGCGACCGCCUGAGCUUCGCCUUCUGCCAGACGCUGCGGCUGCUGGGCCGGUGCCCCCUGCCCACCGUGCGUGCCCAGUGCUGCCGGAGCUGCCAGCUCGGGCUGCCAGCGCCCGGCCACCAGCGCGGCCACCAGCGCCUGUCCCGCAGGUGACAGCACCGUGCCCAGGCUGCCGGGCCCGCCGCGCUCCGUGUGCCCGGGGCUGCCCGGCUCUGUAACUCGUGCUACUCUAACGGUGCUCAAACCAUGCCUGGGGCUGGGGCUGGGCUGCUGCCCACCCACAGUCCAGGGCAUCCUGCCGGGGGCACCCUGCCCCGCAGCAGAGGGAAAGGGGAACUGAAAGCAGCAAUAAUUUGGGGAAGACCUCUCAGAAAUGCUUAUGGUGCUAUCAUUUGACGUUUGCAGCCUCUCGAAGGUGUUGGCUGGCCAGCACAAACCUUGAUUUUUAUUAUUAUUUUUGUAUCUCUGAGGUGAGCAUCCAGCAUUCCACCGGCUCUGCUGACCCUUUGGGGUAGGGAUUUUUUUUUUUCCUUUAAGGGACUUGAAGCUGGCAACCCACUCCUGUAAUUUUCAUUAAAAUGUUUACGCACUGAAGCUAAAUAGAUUUAAUUUAAGAAGUGGAGGCAGGGCAGAGGAAUAAAGCUUCAGCUUCAAUUGGGGCUGUGCAGGGCUCUGUCUCCCCAUUGCUGGCUUCCUCUGCAAAGCCAUUGCUGUGUCCCUCUGGAGCAGAGGGCACCACCAGGGACACCGAGGUUUGGAGUCCACCAGGGCAUUCCCUUGCAUGCAUUUGGGCAGGAGAGGGAAGCUGCCCUGGCAGUGAGUGGCACAUCCCCUCCCUCGUGGGCAGCCGAGUGCUCAGUCCCUAGAUUUCUGUACGUGUAGCAGUGUAAUGCUUGGUUAAGGUGUUUUUCUGUGGCCUUACGGGCUGAACCCUUUUUUCCCUGCUUAUCUAGAUUCUCCUCUGUUAAGGUUAGAUGAUUUUUAACUAGAAUAUCCAAUUUACUCUGAGGCACAGCCCCUACUGCCUGAUCCCAGAGCGGUGUGGGAACAAAUCGCUCCCUGUCUCGGGGAGGGAUUCCUGCCAGGUUGGUCUCUGGAGGAGGGCAGGAGCGUUUAGGUAGGAAUUCCUUUCCCUAUUACUCUUCAGGCUGUGGAGGUGCCCAAAAACUGGGGGACGCUGAAGGGCAAUCCUCCCUGCAUGGGCAGAGUCAGGCUGGAGCCCAUCCCGGGCUGCAGAGUUCCAGGUGCAGCUCCCUGGGCUGGCGGGGGCAGCAGCACUCAGCCCGAAUUCCUGUGUGUGAUUUGUAUGUAAAACACAAGCCAUGACCUCGCCGUUUGUGCUUUAUUCCGUUCCAAGGUGGUAUAAAGUUUUUAUGGUCCAAGAACCUGUGUCCAGUCCUGGUUUCCCUGUCCCCAGCACCAUCUGUCCCUGUCACCCUCGCCGGAUUGCAAAGGGACGACCCGCGUGUUGGGGUCUCAUGGCCACAGCUCACAAAGUGUGUGAAAUUAAACACUUACUGAAGGAAGCAGGUGCGUUUCACAUUUUCUCUUCCCCUGGGGAAUUCUGAAGGUUUUCAGCUAAUUGGAGAUGGUUCAGGCCCUGGCAGCAGGAAGGAAAGAUCAGUUUGCAUCUGAAAAUCAUUCGCAGCUGCCCUUUGCAACUGGGAUUUGUUGAUUAAAACAUGAGCCGGGUUGAUGGGGUAAAUCAGUUCUGCAAAUCAAUUUAUUUGUACUCAGGACCUGGUGAGCCCCUCCUGCAGUGCCUCUCCACGUGCAGGGUCCCAGCUGUGGCUGAGGGCACGGGAUAAUCCUUCCUGGGGGACACCAGGACAUUUUUAGCCACAUAACAAGCAUGGAAACUGUAUUAUCAGUGACAAUAAAACACAUCUGGCUUAAA